AUGAAGUUGCGUAGAGUGGCGGCGUCGGCCGCAGUCGUCCUCUGGUGCAUAGUGCUGUCCGCCACGGGGACCCCGGUUGGCGAGCCCACGGAUUGGGUCAACUUCACGUCGCAAGAUGCGUCCCGACUGUGUCAGAAUAUUUGCGACAAGUGUAAAUGCAGUGGCCAGUUGAUGAGUGAAAACGUUUGCCAGUGCAACUGUGAUCACCUCUCGCCGGAUGCUGCUGCUGAAGGCCUCGACUGUACCACGGAAGCCCUGCAGCUGUGCGACGAGAUGGACGUCCAGUGUGUGUUUAAUGGGACGGCCGAAGCAAGCGUUCGUACGUCUCGCGGGUGCCACAAGAUGUCGUGCUACGAGAGACACCAUGACAACGGUGGAGAAGGCUACGAUGGCUACUACGGUGGCGAUGACGAAGGCUACGGACACGGCGAGAAGGAGCUGAUCUGCUGCAAGGACAAGAAGAAGCACAAACACAAACACAAGCACAAGAAACACAAGAAGGACAAACACAUGAAGUUCCAUGUCGUGAUUAAAGGGAAACUGCCCCCUCAGUCGUGUCACCACGAAGGAGGCGGUUCUCACGAUUACGGUGGUUACGAUGAGUACGACGACGGAUCUUACCGUUCGGCGUUACAGGAGCACCAGCAGCUGCGUGGCUUGGGGGCCGCCAACCAGCCCGAAGUAUCCGUGUGGACGAAUCAGAGGAAUUCAAACGCUCGGCAGAAGGGCUUCAGAAGACCGUUCUCUCAGAACCGACACCAGGCUGCACCAUCGGCCGGUCCACGGAGGCCACCCGCAGAGCCCUCGUCUCCGGUGGCACCACCGGAGCCGCCGAUCGCUCCUCAAAACCCCGAGCCAGCACCGGUUCCUCCGCCGCCAGAACCCCCAGUGACGGGUCCUCCGGUGCUACCUGAGCCACCGAAGGCGGCCGAUCGCCCGGAACCACCCCAAGUGUUCAGUUUUCCACCAUCACCACCACCACCGCCUCCUUCGCGGCCACCCUCCUGGUCCCCACCUCCACGUCCGCCGCCCCCAGCGCCAAGCAUGAGAAGGCCGGAGUCGUUCCGGCACUACGAGGAGCCGAGUUACUCCAAAUGUUCGCACGAAGCCUAUGAUUACGGCUACGAGCCUCAGUACUACCAACCGCCGCCUCCACCACCCCGCCCAUCGUACUCCUCCCCGUACCGAUCGUCCGCCCGCACUGCCCCGUCCUCCUUCUCAUCAUCCCAUCAUCCAUCCAGUUACUACCAUCCUCAUGAAGAAUAUGAAUACCCUAAGCACUAUUACGGCUCGUCUGAACCUCGUCACUACCCCGCUCAUGAUGACAGUCCUCAGGGACAAUUUCGGGUCGGCGGUGAACGGGAGCACCACCCGGACCCGGAGGUUCACCCGUGGGCCGACUACGACGAGAGCGAUUGGCCGGCACCGGUUCCUCAGCCGACCGAUGUGUUCACCUUCAACCAGAUCGUCAGUCGGCAGAUUUGGGAAAAUCAACGUGCCCUACUGUACACGACCGAUCCGUUUCAGCCAACACCUCGUCCACUGCUCGAGGAGUUUGAGGCGCCUCGCGCAGACACCGGUCCCGUACUGUUUCCAGAUGAUCCCUUCAACUACGUGCCGUACGACAGCUCGGGCUUAAAUCCACCGCUGGAUGCGUUCAUUCCGCCGGUGCCACCUCCAGAUCCACCGGUCGCGUUUCCGACCGACGAUAAUGCCCCCGUCACGUUUCCGCCGCCACCGGAGGAACUGUACCCGCAACCGACACCGCCACCACACUACCUUCAGGUGCAGGCAGCCAAAGGAUUCGACCCACUGGCCGGGGUGAACCCGUACGCGGCCUGGACCCACCAAAGCCACUACGUUCCUUCGGCAUUCACCCGGAGCAGCGGGUUGUCAUACCAAAGCAUAGCUCACUAA